AUGAACUCGGAAGUAUUGGCUCCCGGCGAGAAAGAACUUCCUUCUUUAGUCGAUUACAUAAACCCGCGCGACUUUGGUAGCCGAGUAGUCCACACGAAGCCUUUACGACGUAUUCCUCGAUCUUCAUCGCCGGCUGAUUUAAUUCCACCUCAUCCAGCACCCGAUCAGAGUCAUAUACCAUUGGCCGCCCCAUCUGACUCAACAGAUCGCUCUCGCAUCAUCUUUUCUUCACACUCUCGCUCAACGUAUCGCGAAAUGUACGACUUAUUACUUUCUCUCAUUAAUAACAAGAUUAUAGGUGGAGACAUGCCUCAGGAAGUGGUAAUGGAAUUUGCAGAGAAUGUAUUAGAAAUGGCUCGGCAUAAUAAAUGGUGCGAUAGUAAAAAGAAAGAAGCGAUACAAAAAUUGUUACCAGAAGAAGGGGAUAUGGGGUCUGAUUUGUUCGAGGAAUUGAUUGGGGCUGCUGAGGCCAUAAUCGAGUUUCCACAAGUUGAAGAAGAAAGGAAAACUGGUGGGAAUGGGGCGAGAUCUGAGGGGAACGUCGAAUUUCCGACAAUGGCGGACGAUAAUAGGGUGAUUGAGUCGUAUCCUGCGUAUGGUCCCUUUAUCAAUGCAAGUGAGAUUGAGGAUGAGCACGAAUUGAAGUUUGGCAUGGAGUAUGAUGAGUCUAUUACUCCAUACAGUACUGACGAAGAAUAG